AUGCGUUCUUACCACCUUCUUGUGGCGACCGCCGCCCUUGUAGCGGCCUCGCCUGCUCCUCAAAACUUCAACGAGCCUAACAACGUCGUCAACGAUGUUGCCCAGGGCCCCAAGAUGGGUGUUGUUUCCGAGGUCGGCACAUACAACCAGGAUAAGGCUCUCGCUGUCGCCGCUCAAGCCGGCUCCCAGCCUGCGGCUGCUCAAGCAGCCAAGAGGGAUAUUGAGGCUCGCUCCCCUACCUUCGGCUUGUGGAACUGGUUCAACUCGGGAACUGCCCAGACCUAUAACAAGCCCCAGCCCCAGCAGUACGGCAGCAACCCACCAUCUCCUCCUAACCCUGUUUACGGAGCAGGUGGUGCUCUUCCUACCCCUCCUCCUCCUGCUGGUGGCAACCAACCAAGUGGCCCUGCUCCCACCCAGCCUCCUACUCCUGGCAAUGCUCUGCCUACUCCUGGAGAGUCAUCGACCAACCUUGCUCCCUCUUCUUGCACCCCAGUCGACUGGGUCAACACCUGGGCCUUCACUGCUGACCCAGCCUGUGCUACUCAAAUCGAGGUCGGCACCUACUGUGGGUUCAUCAACCCUCUCGACCCUUGCGCUGCUCAGCCCAACGCCUAUGGACCUCCCACCGUCCCCGACACCGUCGAUGCUUUCAAGAACAACGCCGUUUACCACAAGAUGGCCAACUCUGCCCAGACUCCUUCCGGCUGGGACAAGGCGUUCACCGACUUGAGUGCCUCCGUCUCCGGCAGCGGAUACCUUGGAUACUUCGAACUUACCAGCUACGACCCUCUUACCUGCGCCAAGAAGUGUGAGGCCACCGAGACCUGUACUGGCUUCAACGUCUUCGUCGAGCGUGACCCCAAGUGGAACCCUGAGCAGUGCUCUUGCAAGGAGGCUGACUCUGUCGCCCGCUUCAAGUGCACUCUCUGGGGUCAGGAUGUUACCAAAGAGUCUGCCACCAACAACGGCCAGUACCAGGCCGGCUUCGAGGUCGUCAUUGUCGCUUCCAACGGAUACAACAAGAAGAACUACGUUCCGCCUCCCCCUCCUUCUUGCAGCAAGCCCCAAUCUUGCGGUAAGCACCUGAUCAACCAGCAGCCCUACUGCAUCGGCCAGACCACCAUCCCCGGACCUUUCGACCCUGCCCUCUGCGCCGCCUACGCCCAGAAGCAGAACGAGGCCAACAGGAAGAAGGGCUGGCUCGCUCAGUGGAUGUCCCUCUUCGGCUUCAGCAAGAGUGGCUGCGUCCAGUUCCAGGCUGCCUACCUGGAGAAGAACGGUGUCGGCUUCGGUACUCACUGCCGUCUCUACACCAGGAAGUUCACUCCUGCCCAGGCCAACCUCGACAUCAGCAUCAACACCCAGAAGAAGUGGGGCUGCCAAAAGUCCUUCAUCUUCGACCUUGAUGUCAACGCCAACUUCAACUGGGGUCGCCGAUAA